CUCUGUUUACGUCCAAUCUGUGGACUCUCUGCUGCUGUGACCUGCUGCAGGUUUUUAGUCAACGAAACACUCUUAGCUGGUUAAAACAAAAAGAAACCCGCCUCGGGGGAUGAUAUGGGAGUAUUUUGAAAUCGCAGACAGUGCGUGUGCCCAGCGCGGGUCGCUGAUAGUGUGACCCAGCAGAGGUCAUCAUGGAUUAGCUGUUAGUUCAGAGGCUUUCUGCACACACACACUGACUGACAGCAAGAACUGGGACAAGGGACUUUGGUGCUACUAACGUUAGCUUGCGACGCCACUUAGCUGUACGUUUUCUUAAAACUGCUGCGACAGGUAUUUUUGUAAAUUCUUGACAAGUUCUUCUGUGUGUGUCGCUUCAUGUGUUGUCUUCCUCCGACCACCGGCUCACUUUAUAUGGCUGUGUUUUUCCUAGUUGUUGUGUAGCGUUGGCGUUAGCUCCCCCCCCCUCUUUCAGCUGUCGUUGGCUGGCUGCUUGUGCUAAUGUGUAGCUAUAGUUAUUGCCUCCCAGUGGUGGAAAAAGUAUUCAAAUCUUUUAACGGUAAGUUGCUUUGGCGAAUGCACAGUGCACAAUUAGAUCUCAAAUAGAAAUCAAAACACCCCAUUGUUAGCUGUAAUCUAGAUAUAAGACCUGUGACUGCAGAUAAGGGCCCUGUCACAUAAGCUUUGCAUGGAAAAUCUUAAUUUGCUGACUGCAGCUGUCAGACAAAUUUAAAUAAAUAAGCAUAAAGUAUAUUAUUUACCUCUAAAAUGCAGUGGAGCUCGCACAAAUUGGACACACUCAAGCUGAGUAAGUACAUACACUUUAUUUAUUUUGUUUCUCAGGCUUUCUAACUCACGCAAGUUACAUCAAAUAUACAUUAUAUCUGUUUCUGUUGGGCGCUCACACACACGUCACACAACAAACUUAACAAAUGUGGACACAAAACACACUCACUCACCAGAUGAUCACACGUAUAUAUAUAUUAAGUGCCGUGUGUGUUUGUCCGUCUCGUUGUUUUUUUUUUUUAGAGUCCUGGAGUGGUUUGAGAUCGUUGAGAGAUUCUCAAGGCAGCAUGGCGCCCAAAGACAUCAUGACCAAUUCCCACGCCAAAUCCAUCCUCAAUGCAAUGAACUCGCUUCGCAAGAGUAACACACUCUGUGAUAUCACUCUGAGGGUGGAGAACACAGAUUUUCCAGCUCACCGGAUCGUCCUGGCCGCCUGCAGCGACUACUUUUGUGCCAUGUUCACCAGUGAGACUUGAUAGCCUCUCUUUUUGUGGCUCUGCAGCUUGCAGAGAAGGGAAAAUCUUUUGUGGACAUCCAGGGGCUCACUGCAGCAACCAUGGAGAUCCUGUUGGACUUUGUGUACACAGAGACGGUGUUAGUCACAGUGGAGAAUGUCCAAGAACUGCUCCCUGCUGCAUGCCUGCUGCAGCUCAAAGGGGUGAAAAGAGCAUGUUGUGAUUUUUUGGAGAGUCAGCUUGAUCCUUCCAACUGUCUGGGUAUUCGUGACUUUGCCGAAACUCACAAUUGCCUUGACCUGAUGCAGGCCGCCGAGCUCUUUUCCCAGAAGCAUUUCUCUGAGGUGGUUCAGCAUGAGGAGUUUAUGCUGCUCAGCCAGACAGAAGUGGAAAAGCUCAUAAAAUGUGAUGAAAUCCAGGUGGACUCGGAGGAGCCUGUAUUUGAAGCCGUGUUAAACUGGGUCAAACACAACCGAAAAGAGCGAGAGCCCUACCUGCCAGACAUGCUCGAGUUCGUUCGAAUGCCGCUCCUGACCCCCCGCUACAUUACAGAUGUCAUUGAUGCUGAGCCCCUCAUUCGGUGUAGCCUGCCAUGUCGAGACCUCGUUGAUGAAGCCAAGAAAUUCCACUUAAGACCGGAGCUGAGGAGUGAGAUGCAGGGCCCACGCACACAAGCUAGAUUAGGUGCCAAAGAAGUCCUGUUGGUUAUUGGCGGGUUUGGCAGCCAACAAUCACCAAUAGACAUAGUUGAGAAAUAUGAUCCAAAAACACAAGAAUGGAGUUUCCUUCCUAACAUUGCACGGAAGAGGCGUUACGUCGCCACGGUGUCUCUCCACGAUCGGGUUUAUGUGAUCGGAGGCUACGACGGUCGGUCGAGGCUCAGCUCCGUGGAGUGCCUGGACUACACGGCGGACGAGGACGGCGUUUGGUACACCGUCGCCACCAUGAAUGUGCGCCGCGGCCUCGCUGGAGCCACGACGCUCGGAGACAUGAUCUAUGUCGCCGGUGGCUUCGAUGGCAGCCGACGUCACACCAGCAUGGAGCGAUAUGACCCAAACAUCGACCAGUGGAGCAUGCUGGGAGAUAUGCAGACGGCAAGAGAGGGAGCUGGUCUGGUGGUGGCCAGCGGACUUAUAUACUGUCUAGGCGGAUACGAUGGACUAAAUAUCCUGAAUUCAGUGGAGCGUUAUGACCCACACACAGGCCACUGGACAAGUGUCACACCAAUGGCCACCAAGCGGUCAGGGGCUGGUGUUGCUUUACUCAACGACCACAUCUACGUAGUGGGAGGCUUUGAUGGUGUGUCGCACCUCGACUCUGUUGAGGUCUACAACAUCAGGACGGACUAUUGGACCACUGUGGCCAGUAUGACCACCCCGCGAUGUUACGUAGGAGCAACCGUUCUCCGAGGACGUCUCUAUGCCAUCGCCGGAUACGACGGGAACUCUCUCCUCAGCAGUAUUGAAUGUUACGACCCGGUCAUCGACUCCUGGGAGGUUGUUACCUCGAUGGCGACUCAGCGGUGCGACGCGGGCGUCUGCGUUCUACGAGAAAAGUGAUCGUUGCCAAGCACAAGAGGAAACUCAGACGGGAAGACAGGCAGCUAAACUUUUUGCUAAGAAAAAAUGCCACUAAAACAGAGCCACAAAGGGAGAUGUUUGUUUCGCCAGUGUGCAAAAAUAGGUACUCUGAAAUGAAUAAGCGCUGCAGCUUGGGGACGGCCUCCUCCUCCCUCCCUCCCCCCUCCGUUGGAUGGUCGACCCCCUCCGACACUUGGACUGCGCAACAGAGAUUCAGCUUCGCCGUGGUAGACUUCACCUCAAAAGAGGCCUCCAAGGAGCCCAUCACCACUUGCAUGACUCUCUUUGGUGGUACUUGUCGUUACCUGUGAGAUUAUUUUUUCAGUUUGUCUUCAAAGUGCAAUAUAUUUCUACUCAUCAUAAGAAAAAAACAUGAAAAGAUGGAGUUGAUUUAGACUCCAGUUGCUGCUAUAUGCCUUAUGACUUUGGCCUACAUCAAACAGUGAACAUCCGUGUUGCCUCCCAUUUGACUUUGAUGAUAGUUACAGUACAUCGGCUUGUUAUCGAGCGUACUCAUUUGGCAUUUGCAAGGUCAUGAAUGGGUCAGUAAUUCAAACCCCCUUUUUUGUAAUUCUUCCUGUAAACAGUGCUUUUAGAUUCAAAUCACUUUAAUACGAAAUGUUUAAUACUUACUGUUGCUUUCAGAAUGAAUAUAUAUUUAGAGAUAAAUAUUGUUUUAGAAAAUGACUGAAUUGUACCAGGUUACUUGGAUUAUUUUCGUCCCUCUAUCUGGAGCAGGUGAAGAAAGUCACAAAGUAGUAAGUAUGAGGUGCAUGUGAUUUGUUUUUCUUCCUCAGCUUAUACAUUUGGACAUGUACAUGUAGGACACAAAGUCAUAACAUCACUGUUGCCUGGAAAGUGAAUAAACACUAAGAACUGACA